GGAGCUGUACCACAAACCAUCAACCGACAGCCAUCAUGCUCUGCAAGAUCACUGUGUUCUUGACAGUUAUUGGUACAGUUCUGACAACACCGUCUGAUCAAUACAGCCAGCCAAGCUAUGAUGCACCUAUUCCAUACAAGUUCUCGUACGGCGUUGAGGACCAGUACGCCGGUGCGGACUUCGGGCAGACGGAGGAAUCUGACGGACACAAUGUUCGCGGGGCUUAUCGGGUCCAGUUACCCGACGGCCGAAAGCAGACGGUGAACUACGAGGCCGACCACCAGCGGGGCUUCGUAGCCAACGUGCAGUACGAGGGCGAGGCGCAGUACCCCCAGAGCUACGGCCCCGCAGUCACCUUCAAGCCCUCGCAGCAGAACGGCUACCAGCCUCCCGCACCCGCCCCUUACCAAUGAUAUUAAUAUUGUUUUUGGUUGUGAUGACACGUGUUGAAUAAAUGUUUGUUGGAUGUU